GUCCUAGAAGGAGCACGACUUCCGGCGUAAGCUGUAGUCGUCGCGUGUCCGGUCAGAUGGCGGCACCGUUGCUUCACACGCGGUUUCCCGGAGAUGCUGCCGCUUCGGCAGCUGCAGUCAAGACGCUGGGCGCGUCGAGGACCGGGCUUUCAGAUAUACUUGCACUAGAAAAUGAUUUCUUCAAUUCUCCCCCAAGAAAAACUGUUCGGUUUGGUGGAACUGUGACAGAAGUGUUGCUGAAGUACAGAAAGGGGGAAACAAAUGACUUUGAGUUGUUGAAGAACCAGCUGUCAGAUCCAGAGAUAAAGGAUGACCAGAUCAUUAACUGGCUGCUGGAAUUCCGUUCCUCCAUCAUGUACUUGACAAAAGACUUUGAGCAGCUUAUUAAUAUUCUGUUGAGGUUACGGUGGUUAAAUAGAAGUCAGACAGUGGUGGAGGAGUAUUUAGCUUUCCUUGGUAAUCUUGUAUCAGCACAGACUGUCUUCCUUAGACCAUGUCUCAGCAUGAUUGCUUCUCAUUUUGUACCUCCCCGAGUGGUCACUAAGGAAGGUGACAUAGAUGUUUCGGAUUCUGAUGACGAAGAUGAUAAUCUUCCUGCAAAUUUUGACACAUGUCACAGAGCCUUACAAAUAAUAGCAAGAUAUGUCCCAUCAACACCAUGGUUUCUUAUGCCGAUACUGGUGGAAAAAUUUCCGUUUGUUCGAAAAUCAGAGAGAACAUUGGAGUGUUAUGUUCAUAACUUACUAAGGAUUAGUGUGUAUUUUCCGACCUUGAGACAUGAAAUUCUGGAGCUUGUUACUGAAAAGCUGCUCAAGUUGGAUGUGAAUGCAUCCCGGCAGGAUAUUGAAGAUGCUGAGGAAACAGCAACUCAGACUAGUAGUGGAACAGAUGCCACAGAAGGGCUCUUUAAUAUGGAUGAAGAUGAAGAAACUGACCAUGAAACAAAGGCCGAUCCAGGAAUGCUUGAUCAGAUGGUCCAUCCUGUAGCUGAACGCCUGGACAUCCUCCUGUCUUUACUUUUGUCCUACAUUAAGGAUGUCUGCUAUGUAGAUGGUAAGAUUGAUAACAACAAAACAAAGGAUUUAUAUCGAGAUCUCAUAACCAUCUUUGACAAACUCCUGUUGCCCACCCAUGCCUCUUGCCAUGUGCAGUUUUUCAUGUUUUACCUCUGUAGCUUUAAAUUGGGAUUUGCAGAAGCAUUUUUGGAACAUCUGUGGAAAAAAUUGCAGGAUCCAAAUAAUCCUGCUAUCAUCAGGCAAGCUGCUGCAAAUUAUAUUGGAAGCUUUUUGGCAAGAGCUAAAUUUGUUCCUCUUAUUACUGUAAAAUCAUGCCUCGAUCUUUUGGUUAAGUGGCUGCACGUAUACCUUAAUAACCAGGAUUCAGGAACAAAGGCAUUUUGUGACGUUGCUCUCCACGGACCAUUUUAUUCAGCUUGCCAAGCUGUGUUCUACACUUUUGUUUUUAGACACAGGCAGCUUUUAAGUGGAAACCUGAAGGAAGGUUUGAGGUACCUUCAAAGUCUAAAUUUUGAACGGAUAGUGAUGAGUCAGCUAAAUCCUCUGAAGAUUUGCCUGCCCUCGGUAGUUAACUUUUUUGCUGCAAUCACAAACAAAUACCAGCUUGUUUUCUGCUACACCCUCAUUGAGAGGAACAACCGCCAGAUGCUGCCGGUUAUCAGAAACACUGCUGGGGGGGACUCAGUGCAAACCUGCACGAACCCACUUGACACCUUCUUCCCCUUCGAUCCUUGUGUACUGAAGAGGUCAAAGAAAUUCAUUGAUCCUCUUUAUCAGGUAUGGGAAGACAUGAGUGCAGAAGAGCUUCAGGAGUUUAAGAAACCCAUUAAAAAGGAGGUGGUGGAAGAUGAAGAAGAUGAUUUUUUGAAAGGUGAAGCUGGGAUUACACCGAGCUCCUUUGAUGUGCAUUUCCGCAGUCCUUCAAGCAGUGUGGGCUCCCCACCUGUCUCAUACCUGCCAGACCAGUCCCCCAUGAUCACAAGGAUUUGUGAUUGA